AUGUUCGGUAUAUUUUUUAUACUUUCGGGUCAUGAACAUUACUCCAUUGAUGUAUUUAUUGCCUUUUACAUUACGUCAAGACUAUUCCUAUACUACCACACACUAGCCAACAAUCAAGCAUUGAACAACAACGUUGAUUCUUGUAGGACGCGAAUUUGGUUUCCAUUGUUUAGUUUCUUUGAAUCUUCAUGCAACUGCAUGGUACCAAAUGAAUAUGAAUCGUUGACGGAAAUUGCUGAAAAUCUGGCAUGUUCAACAUACAACAAUUAUUUAGUCAUUAAAUCAGCUAUCAAGACUCAGAUUUUGCUAUUGCGGGCACUACCGUCCAAUCAAACAGUACAAAUUGGUCCAACUUCUUUAGUUGGCGCAGGCGCAAUUAGGUCGAGAACACCAAUUGUUUUGAUUAAAAAAAAAGAUAAAUAA